AUGAAUAGCGCAAGGGCUUUUUCCACCUCGCAGAAGAGAGACAGUCCAAAGUUUUAUGCAUCAGCCACAGAGGCAGUGAAGGAUAUUCCUGAUGGGGCUAAAAUUCUUGUAGGAGGUUUUGGCCUCUGCGGUAUUCCUGAGAAUCUCAUAGUGGGUUUGUUGGAGACUAAGGUGAAGGACCUUGUUGUUGUCAGUAACAAUGCAGGAGUAGACAACUUUGGUUUGGGACUCCUCCUUCAACAGAAACAAGUUAAGAAAAUGAUUUCCUCUUAUGUGGGGGAAAAUGCUGAGUUUGAGCGGCAGUACCUGCAUGGAGAACUUGAAGUGGAACUGACUCCACAGAGGAAGAACUCAUGCAAAGGCAUGUAUUUCCCUAAAACUCUCUUUAUUGUCAAAUCAGGGAACUUUGGCAGAGAGAAUAAGGGCUGGAAGACUGCUCGGAACUUCAAUCCACCUAUGUGCAAAGCUGCCAAGGUGACCAUUGCUGAAGUUGAAGAAAUUGUUGAUGUUGGUAAAAUUGAACCUGAAUUUGUCCAUGUUCCUGGAAUUUAUGUCCAUCGCGUUUUCCUUGGGAAGAAUUUUGAGAAAAGAAUUGAGAGAAGAACAGUGAGGAAGGCUAUCAAAUCUGAGAAAUCCAAGACUCCAGCUGCAGCCAUGAGAGAGAGGAUUAUUCGUCGUGCUGCUUUGGAAUUCAAGGAUGGAAUGUAUGCUAACCUUGGCAUUGGCAUGCCAAUGCUUGCCAGCAACUAUAUUCCUAAGGGAAUGGAAGUGACUCUGCAGAGUGAGAAUGGUGUGCUUGGCCUUGGACCCUUCCCUACAGAAGACGAAGUGGAUGCUGACCUUAUCAAUGCAGGGAAGGAAACUGUUACAGUCAUACCUGGUGCAUCAUACUUUUCUUCAGAUGAGAGUUUCGGCAUGAUCAGAGGGGGGAAAGUUCACAUCACUAUCCUGGGUGCCAUGCAGGUUUCCAAGUAUGGAGAUUUGGCUAACUGGAUGAUUCCAGGAAAGUUAGUAAAAGGCAUGGGAGGUGCAAUGGAUUUGGUGAGUGCAGAAGGUACAAAGGUUGUCAUCACCAUGGAACACACAGCAAAGGGUGGAGUGCAUAAAAUUCUUCCUGAGUGCACCUUGCCCCUCACAGGGAAAAACUGUGUUGACAUGAUCAUUACUGAGAAGGCUGUCUUUAAUGUGGACAAGGAGAGAGGGCUGAUUCUGAGUGAGAUUGCAGAAGGAGUUACAGUCCAGGAUGUUGUGGAGGCAACUGGGUGUGACUUUGAGGUUUCGCCUGACCUCAAGCCCAUGGGACAGAUUGAAGUUUAGAGGGAAUAUUCCUCUGGCUUGCAUGAUAAGUUGGCCUGAUGAUUAUUUCAUGAAGCCUUGUUCCAUGUGACCAUGAGGAGGUCUGUGGAGCACAGAUAGAGGCAGAGAAAGAAUGCAAUUGAAAUAAUAAGGAUUUUUCCUGUGUAUCAGUAAGGAGCACAAGUAUUUCAAGUUAGGUAUUGUCAGUUAUGAGGGUGUGUUUUCUCAUGAGUUCCAUCUUUCUCUCCAGUUUCAGUCAUGGUGAUCUAGGGUGGCUUUUCACUCCAUAGCAGGCCAUUGAAAUAUAUAUUUUUAAAAUGAAACUUUUUGUUUCCUUUCUUGACAUCAGUAGAAUGCCCACAUGAAGAGAAGGGACC